AUGCUGCCUGCACGCCUAAGCUGUAGGCUGCUGGGCCGCCUGCUGCCAGGAUGCGCUCCUACGGUUGCGCGCCAAGGUUUCGGAGAUCCGCUCCCCCAGAGGAGGUGCGCGGCCGCCGCCUCCCAGCUCCCAUCGGGCCUGGGAUACGGGCUUCCUCUCGGCCCGACGGCGACUAGGGAUUCGGAAGGAAGGCCUGACACGGAGGAGCGUUUUCUCUUCCCCGAGUACAUCCCAGAAACGGAACCCGAGACGAACCUCCAGGAGAAGUUUCGAGAGCUGCAGCAGCUGCAGGAGGAGGAAAAGCGACAAAAGCAGCAGCGACGGGAGGAGCGGUGGCAGCAGAAGCUACGGGUCAAACACAAGGAGCAGCCAGCGGGGGUGCUCCUGGACCCGGAGAUUUCGCCGAGCGGCCUGAGCUGUUCUGGCUGCGGAGCGGAGCUGCACUGCCAGGACCCCGGCGUGCCCGGCUUCUUACCCAGCGACAAGUUCCUCCGUGCGGCGGCACAAGCGGACGGCGGGCUGUCGCGGACCGUUUGUCAGCGCUGCUGGCUCCUGGUGCACCACCGGCGUGCCCUGCGCCUGCAGGUGAGCCGCGAGAGCUACCGGGAGCUCGUGAGCGUCGCGCUCCGGCGCCCAGGGCCCUCCUUGGUGCUGUACAUGGUGGACCUACUGGACCUGCCCGACGCCCUGCUGCCCGAUCUGCCCGCCCUGCUGGGCCCCAAGCAGUUGAUCGUGCUGGGCAACAAGGUAGACCUGCUGCCCCAGGACACCCCUGGCUACCGGCAGCGGCUCAGGGAUAGGUUGUGGGACGACUGUGCCCGCGCCGGGCUCCUGCCGCCACCUGGCCCAAGACGGUCACCUCACCUCGGCGAGAAGGACCCAGGGGAAGGGGAGAAGAAUUUCGACUCGUCGGGCAGGUCCAGCACGGUGCUCAGGGACGUUCGGCUGAUCAGCGCCAAGACCGGCUAUGGAGUGGAAGAGUUGAUCUCCGCCCUUCAGCGCUCCUGGCGCUACCGCGGCGAUGUCUACCUGGUGGGCGCCACCAACGCUGGCAAGUCCACUCUUUUCAACACACUGUUGGCGUCCGAUUACUGCAUCGCCAAGGGCGCUGAGGCUAUCGACCGAGCCACCAUCUCCCCUUGGCCAGGUACUACAUUAAACCUUCUGAAGUUUCCUAUUUGCAACCCAACUCCUUACCGAAUGUUUCAGAGGCAAAAAAGGCUUCAAAAAGAUGCAACUAAAACUGAAGAAGAUCUUAGUCAGCAAGAACAAAAUCAACUCAGUCGCUUGAAAAAGCAUGGUUAUGUAGUAGGAAGAGUUGGGAGGACAUUUUUGCAUUCAAAAGGACAGAAGAAUGAAGCAACAUUUGAGUUUGAUGCUGAUUCACUUGCCUUUGACAUGGGAAAUGAACCUGCUGUGGUUGCAGAUAAACUCACCAAACAAGUAGAAUUGACCCUAGAGGAUGUGAAAGAUGCCCAUUGGUUUUAUGACACCCCUGGAAUUACAAAAGAAAAAUGUAUUUUAAAUUUUCUAACAGAAAAAGAAGUAGAUAUUGUUUUACCAACAAAUUCCAUUAUUCCAAGAACUUUUAAGCUUAAACCAGGAAUGGUUCUAUUUUUGGGUGCUAUCGGCCGCAUAGAUUUUCUGCAGGGCAAUCAGUCAGCUUGGUUCACAGUUGUGGCUUCUAAUUUCCUUCCCGUGCACAUUACUUCCUUGGACAAGGCAGACACUGUGUAUCAGAAGCAUGCGGGUCACACACUGCUUAAGGUUCCAAUGGGUGGAAAAGAGCGGAUGGCAGGAUUUCCCCCUCUUGUUGCUGAAGACAUUCUAUUAGAAGGAGGACUUGGGGAUUCUGAAGCUGUGGCAGACAUCAAGUUCUCCUCUGCAGGUUGGGUUGCAGUGACACCUCAGCUAAAGGACAGACUGCAUCUCCGAGGCUAUACGCCUCAAGGAACGGUGUUGACGGUUCGGCCCCCUCUCUUACCACAUAUUGUCAACAUCAGAGGAAAGCGCAUCAAGGGAAGUGUGGCCUAUAAAACCAAGAAACCUCCUUCCCUUUUGUACAAUCUGCAGACAAAGAAAAAAUAGAGAAAUUAAUGAAGCCAACCUUGUUCGUGUCGAACACUAACUACAUUGAACAUGACAUGUACAUUGAAUUGUAUUAGAUAAAGCUACAAUAAAGCUUUGC